UUCCGGAAGUAUAUGAGUGAAGCGCACCUCCUGAGAAGUCAGAACGCCAUUGUAUAAAUUCGCUUUAUUUAAGCACUUUAAAAAGAGCUUUAAUCUAUUUGAGUUUAGCGACAAGUCGUGGAACUCAGAAAUUUUUGUUUUACAACAGAAAUAUUUUAAUUUGAUUUACGGACAUGUCUACGGAUUCCUGGGCUCAGGCUGUGGAUCAACAAGAAGCUGCGGCUGAGUCGAUAAGCAGCCUUCAAUUAAAUGACAAGGAAGACAAGCCAAAAGCAGAGGAGAAUGGAGCCAAGGUUGAAGGAGAAGCAGAGAAGCCUGAGGAGGAAGAAAAAGAGGACAAAGCAGCUCAGUCACUGUUGAACAAGUUGAUACGAAGCAAUCUCGUGGACACCACUAACCAAGUAGAAGUUCUUCAGAGGGAUCCGAACUCUCCGCUUUACUCGGUCAAGUCGUUUGAGGAGCUGCGAUUGAAGCCUCAGCUACUUCAAGGUGUUUAUGCCAUGGGCUUCAACAGACCAUCCAAAAUCCAGGAGAAUGCCUUGCCCAUGAUGCUUGCAGAGCCCCCACAGAAUCUUAUAGCGCAGUCUCAGUCAGGUACGGGUAAAACUGCUGCCUUCGUCCUGGCCAUGCUCAGUCACGUGGAUCCCAACAACAAAUGGCCUCAGUGCCUGUGUGUGUCUCCUACAUACGAGCUCGCUCUCCAGACGGGCGAGGUCAUCGAGCAGAUGGGCAAAUUUUACCCUGAAGUCCAGCUGGUGUAUGCAAUCCGAGGAAACAAAUUGGAGAGAGGGGUAAGGCUACAGGAGCAGAUUGUGAUUGGCACCCCCGGCACUGUCCUGGACUGGUGCCAGAAACUCAAAUUCAUCGACCCAAAGAAAAUUAAAGUGUUCGUUCUGGACGAGGCGGAUGUCAUGAUCGCCACACAGGGUCACCAGGACCACAGCAUUCGCAUCCAGAGGAUGUUGCCCAAAUCCUGCCAGAUGCUCUUGUUCUCGGCCACGUUCGAGGAGUCGGUGUGGAACUUCGCCAAGCGGAUCAUCCCUGACCCAAACAUCAUCAGACUGAAGAGGGAGGAAGAGACGCUAGACACGAUUAAGCAGUACUAUGUGAUGUGCAACAGCAAAGAGGAGAAGUUCCAAGCCCUGUGUAACAUCUAUGGUGCCAUCACUAUCGCACAGGCCAUGAUCUUCUGUCAUACCAGGAGAACGGCAGGGUGGCUAGCAGGAGAGCUCUCUAGGGAGGGCCACCAGGUGGCGCUACUCAGUGGAGAGAUGCAGGUGGAACAGAGAGCAGCUGUUAUCGAGCGUUUCCGCAAAGGCAAAGAGAAAGUCCUGGUCACGACAAACGUCUGUGCCAGAGGUAUCGAUGUGGAGCAGGUCUCUGUGGUUAUUAAUUUCGAUUUACCAGUGGACAAGGAUGGAAACCCUGACAAUGAGACGUACCUGCACCGGAUCGGACGCACAGGGAGAUUUGGCAAGAGAGGGCUGGCGAUCAACAUGGUGGACAGCAGGUUUAGCAUGAACGUUCUCAACCGCAUUCAGGAGCACUUCAAUAAGAAAAUCGAAAAACUGGACACAGACGAUUUGGAUGAAAUUGAGAAAAUUGCGAGCUGAGGAGGACGGACGGACUUCUUCAGCAGUGGUUUUAUUCCUCAGGCUGGGAGUAGAACUACGCCACAGAGGACAUUUCUAGAGGAUGUGGCUAUGUCUUUAGAUUUUCUCUUUAUAGGUUUUAACAUUACAACAGUUUCACUCUUUGUACUUCUUAAAAUCUGAAUGUUUAGGUGUUACGUCGAGUAAAUCAGGUGCGUCGGUCACUUGAUUGCAUUAGAGAAGGUGUUGACAUGACCAAAUCUGAACCACUGUUCACGUAUUAUGGAACUCUCAUCUAGGAACAAGGACACUGAAUUUUUAUCUUUCUGCUCUAGCUCAUGUGCUUAAUAUUUUAAGGUUUGGAUAGAACAUUUUUAAUCGAACAAACCUCGUAAUGAGGGAUGGAUUGUCUUCAGUUGUUUGGAGAGAGUAUUGUUUUUUUUUUCUAGUACCUCAAAAACAUCAGUGCUGAUGGUAGCUAUUAUUGGCUUUGAUCACUUGACAAAUAAAAGUUGCCAAAGUUAAAGGUGUACCAAUACAAGUUUUUCUUUUUUUUUUUUUUAAGCCAAAGUCUUGUGCCUGUACAUACAAAGCAACAUUUGGUUUUUAACUAGUACAAAGAGUGAAAAAUGCAGUAUGUCCUCUCCGAAUGGAAAUUAGAGUAACUCAUGUUGGUAAAGGUGUUAUUGGUGUGACGCUGUACGAGGGCAGAGUGAGGUUUACGACUAAAACAACCAUUACAUGGAUGGCCAGCUUAAAGCGCACUGGUUAAUUUUAGGUGUGCUUUUGGCCCAUGAACACAUUCUCUGUGCUACUUCAGGGUUUUAAGUUUGGAGAUAUUUUGUAUCGCUAUCAACACAAAAGACAUCUUAAAUGAUAUUCAUUGAGACAAGUGCUUGAAGGAAUAAGUCGAUAUGCAACUGACAUCAAGGUCAUUAUCUGUGCGUUUUUAUUUUUCCAAGUAAAACACUUACCAAAUCAUCCCUUAGCGAACAAGGAAGGGAGGCUUUACCCCUGAAAGACAUUUCAGAUGUACACCAAGCAAAAGUCUGGUACUCCUUUAAAAAAAAAAGUGUUCAUAUUCCUGCCAAAUUGAUUUCUCCUGCCUCAUGAGACUGAAUUUGCAGGUGAUAAAGUCAGGUGACUGAAGCAAAUGUUUUAACGUCCCUUGUCCUUUCCCCUUUAGUGAAUUUUAUUUACGGCUGCUCCUUUAACUGUGAAAGCAUUUUCAGAAGUCUCUGGUCAUAAAUCAAACAAACACUGCAGCUUAAACUGUCCAUGUUGGCACCUCUGCCUUAUUUCUCAAUCAGUAUAAUCUCUGGGGGAGGAAAAAAAAAAAGCUACCUGCAAGAAACAUUCCUGCUUGACUUCAGGGUUUAAACGUUUUUCAUGUCCCUCUUGAUGAGAUGCGUAUUUACACGAGCUGCAUAGCAUGCAAACGGACUCGAAAUUGAAAUAAAAACUCGCGUUCUGUAUGCAGAGACUACAAGAAUGAACUUGAACACAUCCGGAUGUGGCCUCUCCAUUCACACAAACUUUUCUAACCUCAAUCAGGGUGGUGGUUACGUGGCCGAGGAUGACCCAAACAAUAUGCAACACUCCAACUCUUAUAAGACGCAUCAUGUACGUGUGGAUGUUCUGAAUGUAUUAUAGACUUCUGUGUAAGGCUGCUAUGCUGCAUUGCGGUGUGUAGAAUGCUUCUUGUCCUAGAAAUACAGCGACAUGCAGAAUCCUGUGUGGUGAUAACGCGUCUGAAUGAUAUUGUAAUGUUAGAAUAAAAGUUAAGAAAUUAUUGAUAA